AUGGAUCCCUGUCCCCCAUCGCACCACCACUGGCCUCCGCUCCAGACACACGUCGGCGGCGGUGGCGGAGGAGGGAGGGAGGACAGCUGGAUAGAGGGAGCGUCGGAGGCGCUGAUAGAGGCGUGGGGAACCGGUAUCUCCAGCUGAGCCGGGAACCUCGGGUAGAAGGACUGCAGCGAGGUUGCCGACGCCGUGAACGAGCGGCAGGAGGCGCUCGGGAAGCCUUGGAAGACGGACGUCCAGUGCAAGAACCGGAUCGAUACUAAGCUCGAGAAGUCGAAACCUGGGCCUUCGCAAUGGCGCCUCGACCUCCUCAUCAGGCCCAACUUUGCUUCAUCUCUCAAGAAUCCGAACCCUGCCUCCGUCCCCUUCAUCAAACCCCACUACCCCCAACCCAAUACCUACCGCCACCGUUCCCUCACCUCUACCGUCAAGCACCGGAACCCUAACCGUAAUGCUGCCGUUUGCUUAAGCGGGUCGAUGAACUCGCCGGGGUCGUCGGAGAGCUCCCAUGAAUUUGGCCGUGCCAAGGAUGAUGAUGAUGAGGAGGAGGAUGAGUAGGAUGAGGACGAUGGCGACAAUGGGUUGUUUGAUGUUGUGGCUGCGCGGCGGAGUUGGGGGAGUCUGGAUGGGGGUGGGACAAGGGGCUUUGGGGAGUUGGCAAGGGCGAUUACGAAGUUUGCGGUGGUUUAUGGGAGGGUGCAGAGAUCACAGCAGCAGUAAAUGAUGGAGCUGGAGAGGCAGCGGAUCGAGUUCGCAAAGGAUCUCGAGUUACGGCGGAUGCAGAUGUUCAUGGACGCUCAGCUUGAGCUCGAGUAGAUAAAGCAGCUCUAGUAUGCAUCGGGAUCUGGUGAGCAGCGAACACUUCUCAUUUACCUACGUUAGGUUCGGUCUUAUUAGAUCAGUGCUGGAAGGAAAAAGAUGUUAAUUGCUUGUGUCAGAUAGAACUUGGACCCCAACAACUUUUAGCUUCAAGACAUGUAAUUUCAAAAAAAAAAAAAUCUGCCAUCAAGAUAAAAUAAUGAGGAUGUGAAAAGAGUGAAAUAUCAACUGAAUUUAUCCCAAGGAGAGUUCACAAUACUAAAUGUAAUCCAAGCCUGCACAUAGAAGAAAGAGGUUGUAAUUGAUAAAAGGAAAAAUAUCAUAAGUACUUAUAGAUUAGAUGGAUGGAAAAAAUCCCAAUGUAAUUAGAUUUGGAUGACUGGUAUGGUUUGCUCAUAGUUAUGGGAGAGUAAUUUCUUGCAGUGUAAGAGUAGAAUGCCUAAACUGUUUUUAAGGAGAAAAUGGCCAAUAAAACACUUGUAAUGGGGAUGAACAUCAUGCUGUAAGGCUUAUCAAAAAGCAGUAAUUGCUAUAUUAUUUUCACUCACUGCAUAUUAAUAUUGAAGAGACUGAGCAAAAGACCAAGAUCUGAAGCUUUCUUCACAUAUUCGAUUCUUGUUCAAAGCUGCUCAAGUUGAUCUUUCAGAAGACACUCUAAUUUGGUUAAGAUCAGACAUCAUUUGUCAAAGUCAAUAACAAUUAAAUUCUCAGACUUUUAGAAGAGAUAGGGAUUACUAAAUUUGUGGUGUUGUUAGGGCAUAAAAGCAUAGACUGCAGUUUGCAUGCAUAGAACUCACAUAUAUCACUAUAAUACAGCACAGAGUUUAAGCACAGAAAUAUUAAAAUGAUAGACGUGGACAACCACAAUAAAUGAGUCCAUAUUUUGGGGCAUACACAAAGGCAAUAGGCUGUCACUCUUCUCAGCCUUUGAGUAAAACAUAAUGCUUCCACCGAAUUGUGCCUUAUCAUUGAUCCUCCGUUGAAUCUUUUGCAUGGUUUCUACCAUAAAUUAUUUCAAGAUUUCCAUCAUUUAGCUGGUCUUUCUUGCCCUCCUUUCAAAAGAUUAUUGAUAAAUCAUCUAAAUCGUUUCUGCUACAAUUUUCUUGAACUAUUAAGAGAAGAAAACAGUGUGGAGUAUAAAAUAUAUAUCCCCUUUUAUUGGGUCUUCCUGGAUGAACUGUACUGUAACUGGCAAUUUGAUUGCAUAUACAGGUUAUUCUAGUUUCUCUUCUCUUUUAUUGAGACUGCCAUUUUUGCUGUGUUCUUGUUCUGCUUUUGAGGAUCAUUCUCUACUUUUCCUUCUUUUUUUUUUUUGCUGCUUAUGUUUUUUCAAAUUGAGAAUUUUGUCAGCAUCCUAUCUCCAGCAGACUGACAAUCAUUAACUUGGUGCUCCUAUGACGUUAUAGUUCUAUAGCUUGUAUUUGCUUUUGCAAUGUGGUGAAUUGGUGAUCAAGGAUGGCUAACAAAGUAAAGGACGUAGCUAUUGGGAUGUUUGAUUAUAUAUGAUCUGGCUCUUCUUGUAACUUUGAGGCCUUUUUAUAGACAUAUUUUGGAUUUGUAAUUACUUUAGUGAGUCAAAUCAAGAGCGAAAGCAUUUCUGAUUAUAGAAAAUUUAUAUUAAUUUAAAAAAA